UCCUGCAGGCGCCUGCGCAGUGGGCCAGCCGUGGGGGGGGGCGGGAAGCGCCUCGGGGCAGCAGAACCCAUGUCGGCCUUGAGGCGCUCGGGCUAUGGCCCCAGUGAUGGUCCGUCCUAUGGCCGUUACUACGGGCCUGGGGGUGGGGAUGUGCCCAUGCACGCACCCCCGCAGUUAUAUCCUCCUCGCCCUGAACCUCCCCAGCCUCCCGUUUCCUGGCGGGUGCGCGGGGGCGGCCCGGCGGAGACCACCUGGCCGGGCGAAGGCGGAGGAGGCGAUGGUUACUAUCCCUCUGCGGGCGCCUGGUCGGAGCCGGGCCGAGGUGGAGGAAGCCACCAGGAGCAGCCACCAUAUUCUGGCUACAAUUCUAACUACUGGAAUUCUGCCCGACCUAGGGCUCCUUACCCAAGUACAUAUCCUGUAAGACCGGAAAUUCAAGGCCAGAGUUUGAAUUCUUACACAAAUGGAGCAUAUGGCCCACCAUACCCCAGUGGUCCUGGGGCAAAUACUGCCUCAUACACUGGGGCUUAUUACACACCUGGGUAUACGCAGACCCCUUACUCCCCAGAGGUUCCAGGCACUUACCGUUCACCUGGCAACAGCCCAGCCCCAGUCUCUCGCUGGCUGUAUUCCCAGCAGGACUGCCAAACUGAAGCACCCCCUCUAAGGGGGCAGGUUCCAGGGUAUCCUGCUUCACAGAACCCUGGAGUGACCCUGGCCCACUAUCCUUAUGGGGAUGGUAAUCGUAGUGUCCCACAACCAGGACCAGCUGUACGACCACAGGAGGACUCCUGGGCUUCUCCUGGUGCUUAUGGCAUGGGAGCCCGUUACCCCUGGCCCUCUGCUGCGCCCUCAGCGCCGCCUGGGAAUCUCUACGUGAGCGGAAGCACUUCAGCAUGGCCUGGCAGUGGGUCUCCUCAGCCACCGCCUUCACCACCUCAGCAGCCCAAGGACCCCUCAUACCCUUACAGCCAGUCGGAUCAAGGCGUGAACCGGCCCAGCUUCCCGUGCAAUGUCCAUCAGUACGAGCCCUCGGGAAGACUGAGCAGUGAUAGUUCCGGCCUUUUGGAUUCCCCAGUCCAGUAUAGUGCUGAGCCUCACCCGUAUGGUAACGCCACCGCUGAGCAUCCCAGCAAUCCAGGCCACGGUGAUCGUGUUCCGGAGGAGUGCUCAUCCUCAGAGGAAGGCACUCUCCCAAGUAUUAAAAAAAUCAUACAUGUGCUGGAGAAGGUCCACUAUCUUGAGCAAGAAGUAGAAGAGUUUGUAGGAAAAAAGACAGACAAAGCAUACUGGCUUCUGGAAGAAAUGCUAACCAAGGAACUUUUGGAACUGGAUUCGGUUGAAACUGGGGGCCAGGACUCUGUCCGGCAGGCCAGGAGGGAGGCUGUUUGUAAAAUCCAGGCCAUACUGGAAAAAUUGGAAAAAAAAGGGUUGUGAAAGGGUGUAGAACAAAGGGGGAGCCUGUUACCAACAUGACCAAAGAACUCUCGGUUUUGGCUGAUUACCCUCUUUUUGAAAUGCUUGCUGAUGACAAGAAGCAAUACAUUCCAGCUUCCCUUUGAUUUAAAACUUGAAAAACUGGGAAAAGACUUGGAAGAACAUUUUAGUUAGUGAAAUGAGUUAUUUUCAGUUUUCAGACCAAUGAAUGUAAUAGGAAACUGUGGAGUAACCAAUAUCGCCAAGUAGACUCGCUCCGUAAGAAAUUUAUUGGUAUUUGCAAACUGCUUCUUAUCAGCAGGAGGGAAAUACGCUUCAUGUAACAGGCUUAUCAGAAAGCUUCCAAAUGAGACUGGAUAUAAUCUGAGACAAACAAGCUCUGGUUUUUAAAAUAUCUGGAUUACUUGUCACGUUUUUGUACAUUGUGGCUGCUUUCAACAUACAGUUCAUGUGCAAAUUACAGCUUGGACUUUAGCCUU